AUGGCAGUGGUGCCUUUUGUCAGAGAGGGGAAGUGUGUCGGCUUGGGGUGGGACCUCUUGAAUGGGCUACUGGUUAAAUCGCCCACUCUGCCAUGCCUGCAGAACCUGAGAAGGGAGAAAUCUCGUAACGCAGCACGCUCCAGGCGAGGGAAAGAGAACCUUGAGUUCUAUGAGCUCGGCAGGCUGUUGCCCCUGCCCAGCGCCAUAACCAGCCAGCUGGACAAGGCCACCAUCGUCCGCCUCACCGUCAGCUAUCUGCGUAUGCACCACUUUGCCAUUCAGGGAGACCCACCAUGGAGACCCCUACUGGAUGGAGGACCAAACAGUACCUCAGCGUACCACCACUUGCACUCUCUAGAUGUUUUUCAGGAGCACCUUGGGACACACCUGCUGCAGUGCAUGGAUGGCUUUGUGUUUGUGCUGAGCAAGGAGGGUCGCUUCCUCUAUAUCUCGGAGACAGUAUCCAUCUACCUGGGCCUGUCACAGGUGGAGCUGACUGGCAGUAGUGUUUUCAACUACACCCACCCAGCUGACCAUGUGGAGCUGGCAGAGAGGAUAGGCAUCAGGCCACAUCUCCUGGACAAAGCUGGAUACCCGUCAGCCAAUGAGAAGACUUCCACCUCAGCCUCUAUUACCUCAUUGCCCAAGAACACAGAGUCAGCUCUGUCCAGCAAACUGCCUAGCAACGACAGCACUGCUGAUCGCGGAUUCUUCAUCCGAAUGAAGUCUGCCCUUACAAAACGUGGCCAACAUUUUAAGUCUUCUGGGUAUAAGGUGAUUCACGUGACUGGCCGGAUCCGCCAUUACCACGCCUCGACGCCGAGCCCUCUCGCCUCCUGCACACGGCGCCCACUGGGACUGAUGGCUGUGGCACACACACCAUUGCCCUCCACACUCAGCGAGCUCCACCUACAAAGUCACAUGUUUGCACUCCGUGCCAACAUGGAUCUCCAGGUCACCUACUGUGAGAACAGGAUCUCGGAGUACAUGGACCUGAGUGCAGAGGAAGUCAUGGGGCAUACAUGUUACCGCUUCAUCCAUGCGGGGGACCUGGAAAGUGUCCGGAGGAGCCACCAGGACUUGCUGCGGAAAGGGCAGGUGGUGACUGGCUACUACCGCUGGCUCCAGAGGAAUGGUGGGUUCAUGUGGAUCCAGUCCUAUGCCGCCAUAUCCAUCAACCACAAAGCGCCCCACGAGCAAAACAUCAUCUGGGUCAACUACGUGAUCAGCCGAACAGAGCUGCCAGAUGUUCCUCUGGACCUUUGGCAGCUGCCAGAGGGAUUGAGGGUGGAGAGAGGAGGAACAAACAUUCCCUCAGUUGGUGACCCGCCACAUGGCCCAGGGGAGGAGCCAUCCAUCCCUAGGGGGCGGGGCUCUGACACAGAGCUGCCACAUAGACUGCCAGUCCGCCAGAGGGUGCUCCACCCUUUCUCCCUCUGUUCCCAGCGAUCCCAUGGGCAGUAUGCCCCCAGUACCAUCCGCUACGCCCCUGCUGAGAGGACCAACGCCCUGCCCCUCCACCCCGGGCUCUCCACCACCAGUCUCCUCAGGAUGACAGCUCAUGUGAACUCUGACCUGCUGGACCCCACAGUCAAGUGCAAGAACUGA